UGCUGCUGCUCUCGCUGACAGGUUAGAAUCUCCGGGAAGAAGGAACCUCCGUCUCUCCCACCCCUAAGAAGGGUUUCCUGCAGUUUGGGCGGCCGUGUUUGCGAGAGACUCCAGGAAGCAGGAUGUCAGUGCCCCUGGGAAAACUGGUCCUGGUCACUGGCGCAGUGGCCAGUGGGAGCUGCGCCCUCCUGUAUUACUUUAUACAGAAAACUUUUUCCAGGGCUUCGUAUUACCAGAUGGCGUUGGAGCAGCUGCGGAGCCACCCCGAGGCGCAGGAGGCCCUUGGCACUCCUUUUGACGUUCACUAUCUCCACCUCACCGACAAGUACAACUUCGUCGACAUAGCCGAUGCCCAGUUGAAGAUUCCUGUGUCUGGGUCCAAGUCCGAGGGCUUCCUCUACGUCAGCUCAGCCAGAGAUGCACCCUUUAAAAGGUGGCACCUUCAGGAGGUCUUCUUAGAGCUCAAGGAUGGUCAGCAGAUUCCUGUGUUCAAGCUCAGUGGGGGGAAUGGUGAUGAAGUAAAAAAGGAGUAAAAGCCAUCAAGGAGACCCGAUUUUACUCAGGCCUGGCCUUUCUUCAUCCCCCACGUUUGCCCACCAGCCACGCCAGCCUGUCUGAGAGGCAGACACUGCUCCAGGCCAACUGUGCAGCUACUGCGGGAUGGUGGCCUGUGCCAGGGUAUGUGAAUUUUGGUAGAUUUCUGAUUUGACCCCUGUCAACUGUUGUGGAUUUUUAUUUAAUCCCUAAGAAACUUAACUGUAAGUAGAUAAGGUGAUUUAUUUGAAAGUACUCUGUCUAAAAGCAAAGGACAGGAUCAAAGUAAGGAAUCGGUAUUGAUAAUAAAAUGUCUGUUGGUUUUUA